GCCGCCGCCGUCCCACCUCGGGGACACCCUUCCUAUGGGACGACAAGUGGAGGGCUGCCGCCGCCCGCUGCCCGGCCCGCCCCGAGCCCCGGCGCCCCGGCGCGGCAGCGGCAGCUGCUGAGACCUGUGUGUGCCACUUGCACAACUUCGCCGGCUCCUCCGAGCAUCCAUCCUCCCGCCCGGCGCUCGGGGGUCUCGUUCCCCCGUCCCUGCCUGUUCGCCUCCGCCUUUCUGGAAGCGGGGGCGACCGAAGGGCUUUUUUUUUUAUUCUCCUUUAAUUGCUACUGUUGUUGUUCUUCUCCAGACUUUCCCCUUCUGGGGGAAGGAGGUGGUUUCCUGAUUUGAAGUGUAAAGAAAAGUCCGUGGGAUUCCCCUCCUUCUUCCCCCCCCCCCCACCCCCUCACCCCCCCUUUUUUGGGUGCAUUCACACGCUCCCUCAGGCAUGAUGCUCAAGAUGCUGCCGUUCAAGCUGCUGCUGGUGGCCGUGGUUCUGUGCUUCUUCGAGGGGGAUGCUAAGUUUGGGGAGAGCGGCGCCCGGAGGAGAAGGUGCCUCAACGGGACCCCGCCGCGGCGGCUGAAGAAGCGCGACCGGCGGGUGCUGUCCCCGGAGGCCCCGGGCGGCGGGGAGGCGAUGUGCCGCGGCCUCUACCCCCGCCUGUCCUGCUGCUCCCGCACCGAGGCGCCGGGGCUGCUGCACGCCGAGGCGAAGAUACUUUCUGUUACCAACAACACAGAAUGUGCGAAGCUACUGGAAGAAAUCAAAUGUGCAUACUGCUCACCUCAUGCUCAGAAUCUAUUCCACUCACCUGAGAAAAGGGAAACAUCUGAAAGAGAACUAACUCUUCCCUACCUGUGCAAAGACUAUUGUAAAGAAUUCUAUUAUACUUGCAGAGGUCACAUACCAGGUUUUAUCCAAACUACAGCCGAUGAGUUUUGCUUUUACUAUGCAAGAAAAGAUGGUGGUGUAUGCUUUCCAGAUUUUCCAAGAAAACAAGUGCGAGGGCCAGCUUCUAACUCCCUGGACCACAUGGAAGAAUAUGACAAAGAGGAAGAGAUCAGCAGAAAACACAAGCACAACUGCUUCUGUAUUCAGGAGGUUGUGAGUGGACUAAGGCAGCCUGUUGGAGCAGUACACUGUGGGGAUGGAUCCCAUCGCCUCUUUAUUCUUGAGAAAGAAGGAUAUGUGAAGAUUUUAAGUUCUGAAGGAGACAUACUCAAGGAACCUUUUUUGGAUAUACACAAGCUUGUUCAAAGUGGAAUAAAGGGAGGAGAUGAAAGAGGACUGUUAAGCCUUGCAUUCCAUCCCAAUUACAAGAAAAAUGGAAAGCUGUAUGUGUCUUAUACCACCAACCAAGAACGGUGGGCUAUUGGACCUCAUGACCACAUCCUAAGGGUUGUAGAAUACACGGUAUCCAGGAAAAAUCCACAUCAAGUUGAUAUGAGAACAGCAAGAGUGUUUUUAGAAGUUGCAGAACUACAUCGAAAACAUCUAGGAGGACAGCUUCUAUUUGGCCCAGAUGGUUUCCUAUACAUUUUUCUUGGAGAUGGCAUGAUCACUCUAGAUGAUAUGGAGGAGAUGGAUGGUUUAAGUGAUUUUACAGGUUCUGUAUUACGUCUCGAUGUAAAUACUGACCUGUGUAACGUCCCUUAUUCCAUACCACGGAGCAACCCACAUUUUAAUAGCACAAACCAACCUCCUGAGAUAUUUGCACAUGGACUCCACAAUCCAGGCCGAUGUGCUGUGGACCGCCACCCAACAGAUGUAAACACCAAUUUAACUAUACUUUGCUCAGAUUCCAAUGGAAAGAACAGAUCUUCAGCAAGAAUCUUACAAAUAAUAAAGGGUAAAGACUAUGAAAGUGAGCCUUCACUUUUAGAAUUCAAGCCGUUCAGCAGUGGAUCCUUGGUUGGUGGAUUUGUCUAUCGAGGCUGCCAGUCUGAAAGGCUCUACGGAAGUUAUGUAUUUGGAGACCGCAAUGGAAAUUUUUUAACACUGCAACAGAGUCCUGCAACCAAACAGUGGCAAGAAAAACCCCUCUGUCUUGGCAACACUGGUUCAUGUAGAGGUUUCUUUUCAGGCCCUGUCUUGGGAUUUGGUGAAGACGAAUUAGGUGAGAUUUACAUAUUAUCAAGCAGCAAAAGUAUGACACAGCCUCACAGUGGAAAACUCUACAAGAUCAUUGACCCAAAAAGGCCUUUAAUUCCCGAGGAAUGCAAAAGAACAGCUCAGGCUGCACAGAUACUGACAUCUGAAUGCUCAAGGCAUUGUCGGAAUGGGCACUGCACUCCAACAGGAAAAUGCUGCUGUAAUCAAGGCUGGGAAGGAGAGUUCUGCAGAACUGCAAAAUGUGACCCAGCCUGUCGACAUGGAGGUGUCUGUGUAAGGCCUAAUAAAUGCUUAUGUAAAAAAGGCUAUCUCGGCCCCCAGUGUGAACAAGUGGAUAGAAACAUCCGAAGAGUGACAAGGGCAGGUAUUCUUGAUCAGAUCCUAGACAUGACAUCCUAUUUGCUGGAUCUAACCAGCUACAUUGUAUAGUUUCGGGGACUAUUUGGAAGCUACACUUUCAACGGGCAUUUGUUUUGAAUCCUGUCAUUUUUAAAGACUGUUACCCUGCAACAAAUACCAGUGAUUUGAUUUACUUUAUUAAUUUAAGUACAAUAUCCAUAAAUGUGCAGUAAAUUCCUUGUAUGUGUGUAAUUAUUCCCGUGCGUCUCCACAGAUGCACCAAUACCCAACACGUGCACACAUACGCAUGGUCACAGCUACGGUUUUACGGCUAGUGGAAUCUUUUAAAUAUAUUUAUUUCUUCACGAGAAAUAGUUUACAAAGUAAUUCCACUGCAAACCACAUUUUCAUCAAAGGACUUCCGUGAUGUCUUAAUGGGUUCCUUGACAUCCCAGAAAUCUCCUGUUUGUACCUAUCUGAUUAUAGCAAUAAGAGAGAAGAUUUUAGACAUUGCUGUAUAAACUGCUGGACUUAAUAAAAUCCAGUUGUAACAGAUUCUAAGGUGAACUGAACUACAUCAUGAGACAAUAUUUCAGAACUCCUUAAUGCAUUCCUACCUAGGCAAUUCAUUGUAAGACUGUAAUCUUCACCUUCAUCAAUGUAACUCUAUUACAGAAUGUUAAGCAUUUCUUUAUCUAGCAUAGAUGCAAAAAUCUGGUUAUCGCAGCUUAAUAUCAAGAUUGUUUCAAGUGUUUAAUAAUUAAAUUAUAUUCGCAUAUUUCAAAACGAGUCAUCCUAGAAGGUCUGCUUUUUAUCAUAUAUUUUAUUUAACGAUGGGCACUGGGUUCAUGUUACAUAUUUAUAUUAUUUUAUUUUUAUAAUAUAGACAUCACCUAGAUGAGACAACUUUACCAUGUCCUGUAAAAUACUAAAGUUACAUUUUUCACCAACUUAAUUAGAAAGAUGGGGAAAGAGAGAUCAAACACACUCUUUAAUGUGUUAUGGAUCUAAUCUAGAAAUGUAUCCUUGUGUCAACUUGUAUUCUUUUAUGAUGGAUGAAAAAAACAAGCGCCAACCAAUCAUAAUAAAAUUCCAGCUUAUGUUAAAAGUGAUUUUCCUAAAGUGAUUUUCACUGUAAUAGGAUGGGCCAGAUAAUACACAAAUAGACUGCUGCUGAUUUCACACUGAAUGGAACAUCCCUGGACAAGAGCUCACACGAGCACGUGUUGGCUGUGUAAGAUAUCAUUUGUACAAAACAUGUAACAGUUCUUGCCAAAUGUGAUUCUAAAUGUAAAUGUUCAUCGAAGAGCUAACAUAAAAUUGAGUCUUUGUAAAUGCAUUAAUAAAUAUGCUGUACAUGCUGUAGUCAGGUUCUCUAAAGUAUUAGUAGUCUAAUUAGAUAUAUCUUCAGAACUGGUGCCCCCUUAUCUCCAGCUCUAGGGCGUUAUUGGCAGUUUCUUUGCUCACUACCUACUAUCAGAUUUCCUUUGCACUACCUGGCUCUUAUAAAGUCUUGCCUAUAAAAAGAAAGAAGGGCAGCCACAUUGUGCACAUCAUAUGGUUCUUAUAAGCAUAUAAGCUUAUAAGCUCAUGCUUCAAUGAUUUGCAACACUUAAGGCAAUAAGAUCUAAAAGAUUUCAGCCUUAUUACUCUCUAGUAGCAAAAUCACCUCUCCAGGGCAGUGACAUGCAACAAAUUGUUCUUUAUAGAAAGUUGGCAGUCUUCAUUUACUAAGUAUUAAAUCUGAAAGUACAGCAUAAGCAAUACUUUCAUUUCUCUCUCUUAUGCAUUCCAGCUCAGAGGAACAGAAAGUUACAUUUGCCUUCCAUAUAUGUUUGCCCGGGUUUCAAGUGACCUCAUGCCAAAUGGGAAUUGGUUGAGAAAUCUUGGUUAAGUGCUCAGCGAACAAUGGUCUGCAUUAAAAAGUGCAUGCAUAAUUUUGCACAAUGUACAUUCAACUGACAGUCCAUUGAAAGACGUCUCAGGAUUAAAUGAGCAUGAAGACCAAAUUGCCCUCUCACCCCCGAAAAGGGUGGUCCCUUAUAGUCACAUGAACACUCCAUUGGCUAAGCAGUGUGACCAAUCUUAAAAUGAACCCUGAGGUAGCAUCUAUAGGUUAAUAGCAGCUCUUUGUCUCCACUGCUUUCUGCCUUUACUCUUUUCCCUGAAUUCCAUCACAAAAAGUUUUACAAUUAAAAAAUGUCCUGACAACCAGUUUUGUAAAUUGACCUUAGCAUCUAAUCUUUCCUUACUCAACGUGGGUGACAAAAAUGUGAACUUCUCAUGAAUGAGCCAGCUGUCUAAAUCUGUCAUAGCGCAGUUUUAUGACACUCUUCAUAAUCAGGAAAGCAAGAAAGUUGUUGAAGUAUUUUAGCAAUAUUUAAAUAUCUGACAGAGAUAACAUCCUUAACACUUUCUUCAAUGAAAUAUAUUUAAAAAUAAAGCCAACUUUAACUCCACUGUGAUGCAUUAUUCUCAACAACCAGCUGGGGAGAUGUGAUAGUUCUUUUCUCACUGCUUAGUUCCUGGAGAUUUAAAAAAUACCAUGGAUGGUACCUAAAUUGAAGAUGUCCAGUAUCCCUAUGCCAUAGUCAUUUAGAGAAGGGAUAACAAAGAUUUUACACUUUUAUCUUGAAAAAAAAGAUAAUUUAGUUUACUAGAGAAAUCAGAAAAUAAAACUCCAGUAAAAGCUACAUGAAUAAUUAAAUCCAGGCAUCAUUCAAAUAACUGGCAAAAAAACCUCACAUCAGCUGUGCUGCACCCAGAAAAAUUGCUUUCAAAAUGUAAGCAAAAUAAUUUAUUUUAUUAAAAAAAAAAAUCUGUUUGAGUCAUUCCAUCAAAACUUCAAAAUUAAGUAGGAAACUAAGUGAAGAUUAGAGAGAGAGGGGAGAUAGUUUGUGGAAACUGUUUUGCUUCAUUUUUAAAUCUUCUUUUAUAUCAUGUGAAAGCAAGCAUCUGCAUUAAGCCCACAUGGGUACAUAGGAAGUCCCAGUGGAAAAGAAGCAUUCUCAAAACAAAACAAAAAAACAACCAAACAAAACAAAAAUCCUAGCUGCUUAUUUAUCAAAAGAAAUUAUACUAUUAAAAAGAGUGAGUAAACCCCAGGCCUAGCCACCCAAGAUGCUAAUAUAAAAAGGGCAACGGCAGUAAUUGCCCUGAGAAUUGGCAUACAAAAAAAAAAAAAAAAAAAGGGGUCUGUAGAAAGCCUGUUGCCAGUUAGGUCAUUCUGCAGCCAUUCUCACACAGCCUCCGAGAGUGUCCCAGAAUAAAACUGACCUUAUAAAUGAAACUAGAUAAAUGAGGCAAUUAGAUAAGGGCCUCCAGAAGGGAUUUUAUGUAUGUGUUCAAGUUGUCUCUGUCCCUCUCUCUCUCCUAAUCUUUUAUUCCAUUCAUUUAUUCCUUUAUUUGGAGAUACUGCCUUUCUGUUCCCAACACAUUGUACAUUUCAAGUAGUCUUUGAGGCUUUCUACUUUUAAAAGAGAACAAGCAUACCUGUUGCAAGAAACAUAAUUCAAUUCCUGAUGUUUGCUAGUUUUUAACCCUCAUUUUAUUAUUUUGGGAGAAAAAACCUUAAUCUUUCUCUUUUUAAGUGCCACUGAUCAGAAAGAAGGCACAUGAUUGGAAUGUAAGGAGAAAUGCCUUCACUCUAUAGAUAAGUAGGGAAACAAAAAGAUGUUAUGUAAAAUCAGCUCCAAAUUGUUUCACUCCAUUUCAGAAAAACCGAAAACUCAUUUUUCUAAUGCAUCCAGUAAGAAAUGUUAACUCAAGCCCUCACCCUCAGGAAAAUAGAUUAACAGUCAGGGACACAGAAUGGAAACUGUAGCUAUAAAUUAUGUUGGGGUAUUCUUUUUCAUGCAAACAAAGUGUAAGUUAGGUAUAAAUAAGAGUAUAAAUGCUGUAUCACCAACAUUACAUCUCUUUAUCUCCUUCACUCCUCUUACUCAAUUCUCCAUAUUUUGGCUUUGCAGAUCCUUCCUUUCUAAAGCCAGAGCAAAUGUCAAUAAUCCCUGGUUGCUGCAGGUGUUGCUUAUUAUUUUUGAAACUGCCUAAUAGACGUGUACAUCAAAGAGGCUUUGCAGGUUUUUAUCUUCUGGUCAUUCCACAGAACCUUGUUACAUCAUAGUGACUUCUAAUCCUGUACCUUAGCUGGACAUUUACAGUUCAAGAGUAACAGCCUCAAGCAGCUCAGCCUCAGGCUGUGAUGCUCAGCCACAGACAGACUGAAGCUGGAAGAAGGGAGAAAGAACUUGGUCACUAUACACUCACAAUGCUUAGUAUAAAGUUACUGAUUUUGAUCCAAUAAUCAGACGCCUCAAGUAAAAAGCAGAACAAUAUUCCUGGGAUGAUUAAAUGUUGCUUUUCAGGAUAUACUUUCACUAAUUUGGGGUUAAAAAUGACCUUUUCAUGUACAAAUAUGCAACAUGGAGAUUCUGAAAACAUGAACAAGUAAUUUUUUCACAAGUGUAGAAUCCCAUUAAGGUGAAAAUAAAUAUUUGUACAUGUAAUUCUGCUUAUAUCCAUGAAAUAGGCUUUUAUAAGAUUGGGUAGACAUGGAAAAAUCAACUCUGAGGACAUCCUGCUCUGCUUAUUUUUCCUUAAUUAUGUAAAUCCUUUAAAAGACAUUACAGCAUUUUAAUUUACUAUCCUUUAGUUUAACUGUGCAUCAGUUUCAUUACAAAUUAUAUAAUUUUGAUCUUCUAUCUAACUUAAAAGGUGGUCUUCAUCUCAGAAAAAAGAUAUGGUAGUCAUGAAGUAAAUAAAAAAUAAUUUUUCCCAUUUUGAAAUAUUAAAAAUUGACCAAGAUUUUAUUUUUGUCAUUUUAAAAAAUUAACCAAGAAUCUCACCAAAAAAGGCAACCAACCCUUUAAAUGUAUUCAAAUCCAAAUUUGCAGAAAAUAUUUACCAAAUAAUCUCGGUUCUGGCUACAAAAAGCUGAUUAAUAUCUCGAGAAGUGGUUUCAGGACAAAAUUUGUAGAAACAUUGAAAAAAUUAAGAACAUUUUGCUAAAAUCUUUGUUUUCAAUAGCAGAGUAAUUCCGUGCAGUAAGAUGUGUACUUUUUAGGAUAUAGGUGUGAAACAGCAGAAGCCACCUGAAAGCUUAGUACAGGAUUAUUUUAAUCUUUGAGGGCCUGACUCAAAGUCCAUUGAUGUCAACAGAAAAAUCUCCUAUUGACUUCAUUAGUUAUAGGAUUAAGUCCUUAAAAGAUAUCCACUUAGCUGGCAGAAGAUCUUAACUUCAGACAUCAGCACACACAUGACCUCUCUCUGUCUGCAUGUGCAGUCAUCAGACACACCAAGGUUUUCAGGAGUGAAACUGCAAAUUCAGCUCUGCAAAAAAGCUGCACUGCGCAUAUCCAAUCCUCUUGGGUUUCAUUAUAGGUACUGCAAACAGUUACACAAGGGGACUAAUGAAUCUGCCAGACUUUUUGAUACUUCUUUAAAAAUGCUGAUCACUUAGCUCACGUUUUUUUCUCUUUCGUAAGUAGAUAUGCCUAUUUCAAAUAGGUAAGCAUAGGCCACUAAGCAGGGAGGUAAUUAAAAUACCAAGUCAGUGGCCCCAUUUUAUGAAAUAACCACAGUAAGACAGGGCCCAAACUUGCCCCAGUGGAUGCUUACAUUGACUGACCGAGUUCCCUAAACUGUUGGGAGCCCAGUAUUACAAAGGCUGAAUUCAGCAGCAUUAGGCACGUUUUCCAACCCUUCUUCCUGUAUUUGGUAGGGACGGUGUAGUAUUUCAAUCAAGACUCUAUCCUAACCCAAGACUCUUGUUGCCACCCUUGCCAAUAAGACUAGUAAGACUGAAAGACAGACAUGUCAGUCCUGAAACGACAGGUGCAAGCGCUGGCGGGCUGGGAGGUGAGCCGGCAUUUGGGAGCCGCCUGUGGGGCUGGUCGCUUGCCCUGGCACUCCUUCAUUUCUGCAAUAACUCUGCACACAGAAUUCAUCGUGCUAGAAAAUGCACAGUGUUCAAACAAACUUAGCACAGCAAUUAAUUCUCCAUAGAUGUACACUGGGUAGACUGACUAAUCAGCAUUACACAUGCCUUAUCUGGGAAAAGAGAAACAUUACCAUUUGAUAGCACUGUGCAAGGGGUUCAACUGACACAUCAACUUUUUUCCUUCAGUUCACUCAUGAGUUAUUAAUUACUACUAAUUUGGUCUAUAUAUUAGCAAAGGAUUAGCAUGUUGUUCCAUAACUCAAAGAAAACUCCCAUAGGCUUCCACAGGAAAUUUUUCUUCACAUUAUGCUGUACAGUUUGAUUUGCCAGCCACAUGACACAUCUGCUUACCAGAGCUCUCAGUACUGAAAAUCUGUCACUCUAGGGAUCAUUUCAUCCUAUAGGAAUUCACAAAAAAAAAAAAAAAAAAUUCUGUGUUAUAUACAUUUAAUGUGUGUUUAUACCUAUUGCCUACUGAACACACAGUGGCUUCCACAAUCAAAAAUGUUGCUAAGAACGUGCAAAAAUGGCAAGCUGCAUUACUGGAGAAGAGUUUUAUUUCUACUGAUAAAAAACAACUUUCCAUCUGUUAUAACUGUUCAAUAGGUCCCAUGUUAUCAUGUAGUCAGGUUCCUUUUACACUCUGCAAGAUCUUCCCAUUUAUUUACAUUUUACUGUGAAAAAUGAAGUGAAAAAAUAUUUUAAAAUUGUUGAAAUUCCCAGGAAAUUUCAGAAAGAAGACUCCAGCUAAUGCAUGUGAAUAUAUGCACUGGCUGUAUUCACAUUAUUCUUGGGUGGGAAGAAGGCAGGGAGAGGUGGCUGUUUUGGAGAGGUUUUUUUACAUAGGAUGCAAUGAUACUGCAUUCACAAACAACCCCUUGCUAAAAGGGAAAUGGUCUAGACAGAGUCAGAACUGGUGUGCAAUAUGAAUUCAAUUCAUUAGAAGAUACACUGAGACCAGAAACCAUCUGGUCUUAUGUCACCAGAUGUAUCUUGUAGUGCUCUCCAUUAGUACCAGAAGCAGUGACCCUACCCUGUGAAUGCUCCAGAAAUGCUAUUAGCUGUCCCUCACAAAAUAUACUGCAGAAUUAAAACUUCAAUUCCCUUUGCGAGCAAUUAGAUUGUAAUGGGAGCCACACAGAAAGGGAAAUAACAAAAUUCUGUCACUUGAGAACAUUACUGUUGUGAUAUUCCUCUGUUCAAUUAGUUUUAUUGUAUAAUAGCUGUCAGGUACUGUAUGUACAUUUGAAAUGUGGGAAAAUAGCUUGGAAAAUACCAUUCAAACCAUAUUUAAGUAUCUUCUAUAAACUGUAUUAUACUAAGCAUAUACAGGCACCAAUCUAGCAGAGCACUGGAGUACACAAGUAAUUUUAAGCAUAUGAGUCUCACUGAAGUCAUGUGUCUAAUGUGAUUAAUAUAAUUAUGUGCUUUGUUGGUGUGAGACCUUGCAAGUCUUUUCAAGACUACUUAAGUAGACUACAUAUGCUAUAUGUGUAUUUCUUUUUAGGGAGACAGCAUGGCUGAAGUUCACAACAGAAUUCAGUUACUGUCAGUCACAAAUUCUAAGUAACCCAAAAUAAUUGUAUCUUUGUGCCUCCACUUUCCAUCUGAAAACUAGUGAAAUCAAUCCCUGUAAAGCGCUUUGAGCUCUCCGAAUGAAAAGUGCUAUAAAAAGUACAAAUUAUUAUUAUAUUAUUGAACACCAUGUAUGUAUACACACUAUUAUGUAAUAUAUAAUAUAUGUAUAAUGCAUAUAAAUUCUAACAAAUGUAUUUGUGUAAUAUCUGAGAAAUGGAACAGUUGUAUCUGGAAGUGAUAAAUGCAUAGAGUUGGAUUUAUUGUUGAUCUGUGGAUUUAAUGAUUUUUUUUUUAGACAAAAGGAUGUUUAAGUAUAUAAUUGCUUUUCUUAAUUUAAUAUAUUUAUGUAAAUGCAUGCCUGAAGAUCUGGAUAGAUAGUUAUUCUGUGUCCUUUAAGCUAAUAAAAUAUAUUAAACUCUAUCUUACUAUAUAAGGUA